AGACAUCUGCUCUUCACAUGAAUGCACUCACCUCCUAGAGAACAGCCUGCCAUCAUGCUCUGGAAACUGGUUGAAAAUGUCAAGUAUGAAGAUAUCUAUGAGGACCGGCAUGAUGGAGUGCCCAGCCACAGUUCCAGGCUGUCCCAGCUGGGAUCCGUCUCGCAGGGACCCUACUCCAGCGCUCCUCCGCUCUCUCACACCCCAUCCUCGGAUUUCCAGCCGCCUUAUUUCCCACCCCCCUACCAGCCUCUUCCUUACCACCAAAGCCAGGACCCUUACUCCCAUGUCAAUGACCCCUACUCCCUAAACCCCCUGCAUCAGCCCCAGCAGCACCCCUGGGGACAGAGGCAGAGGCAAGAGGUGGGAUCAGAAACCGGGUCACUGCUGCCACAGCCUCGGGCCGCCCUGCCCCAGCUCUCGGGACUGGACCCCAGGCGGGACUACCACUCAGUACGGAGGCCAGAUGUCCUCCUGCACUCAGCUCACCAUGGCCUUGACUCCGGCAUGGGGGACAGCCUUUCUCUGCACGGCAUCGGACACCCAGGGAUGGAGGAGGUCCAGUCAGUUGAAGAUGCCAAUAACAGCGGUAUGAACUUAUUGGACCAGUCUGUCAUUAAAAAAGUUCCGGUUCCUCCAAAAUCUGUUACUUCUUUGAUGAUGAAUAAAGAUGGCUUCCUGGGUGGAAUUUCCGUCAACACCGGAGAGGUGUUUUGCUCUGUACCUGGCCGCUUGUCUUUGCUUAGCUCCACUUCAAAGUAUAAAGUAACUGUGGGAGAAGUUCAAAGACGCCUUUCCCCUCCAGAGUGUCUGAACGCGUCCCUCCUAGGAGGAGUACUUAGAAGAGCCAAAUCGAAAAACGGGGGGAGAUCUUUGCGAGAAAGGCUAGAAAAAAUCGGUUUGAAUUUACCAGCCGGCAGGCGUAAGGCCGCAAAUGUCACUUUACUCACCUCCCUGGUGGAAGGUGAGGCCGUUCAUUUAGCUCGGGAUUUUGGGUACAUCUGUGAAACGGAGUUCCCAGCCAAAGCUGUUUCUGAGUACCUGAACAGACAGCACACGGACCCCAGCGACCUCCACUCCAGGAAAAACAUGCUGCUUGCUACAAAGCAACUUUGUAAAGAAUUUACAGAUCUCUUGGCCCAGGACAGGACGCCCAUUGGAAACAGCCGGCCCACCCCUAUUUUGGAACCGGGCAUUCAGAGCUGCUUGACUCACUUCAGCCUCAUCACUCACGGCUUUGGGGCCCCCGCUAUCUGCGCUGCCCUCACGGCCCUCCAAAACUACCUGACUGAAGCUCUCAAAGGCAUGGACAAGAUGUUCUUGAACAACAACACUGCUAACAGGCACACAUCUGGCGAAGGACCAGGUAGUAAAACUGGAGACAAGGAAGAGAAACACAGAAAAUGAGAGAGAGAGAGAGAGAGAGAAAGAGAGAGAGAGGAAAAAGAAAUUAGAAUGAAAGAAAGGAAAAGGAAAAAAAAAAAGUUAAAUAAAUAAAAGGAGAAGAGAGAGAGAUAAUCUUUUAAAAGAAAACCGUCUUAAUUUUAGCUUUAAAAAUACUGGAUUGGGCUUUGGAAGAAUUCUAUUAGGUAGGACAAAAUAAUAAUAAUAAUAAAAUAAAAAUAAUGAUAAUAAAAGAAAGACAAUAAUUUAAGAUCAGAGGAGCACAAUGGCGCAAGACCAGUGGUUCAGAGUCUCUUGCCAGGAACAUGUGAAGACAACUACCAGGAUAUUUUUUCCCCACUUCUGUUCUUUCACAUUUUUUAAAUAAUGAUUGGGGGAGGGGGGGGAGGGGAAUAUAAUAAUAAUUAAUAAUAAUAAUAAAAGAAAGAAAUGAAUAACUUAUUGGAAGAAAUCGGAGAAA